AUGACCGUUGUUCCUCAGAAAUCGGAACAUUGUACCGAGGAGCAGAUCGCAUCACAGAAGGCCCCCUCCGUGCUGUCCACUGACGCACCGGAAUCACAAGGCUCUGCGUGGUAUUCUCCGUGGUCGUGGUACCAAGGCUCGUCUACGCCUGUGAUAUUCACAACCUCUCCUUCGGAUACUCAAGUUGUCUCCGGUGGAGAAGGGAACGUACAGUCGGAGCUUAGCCACGAUGAUGAACAUUUGAACCAGGCGGCCACCGCUGUUCCCCCUUUGCCGGAGCAACAACUUCCUGCUAGCGAAGCAAAUCCGAUAUCAUCGACGAUUCCCAGUAACAGAUCGGGAUGGAUCUCCUUUUUUUCUGCUCGGGCGGUGGCGAUGAAGAGCAUUACGAAUGAAAGUCACAAUGGAGAAAUGGAAAUUAUGGAUUUGGACGAAGAUGAAGCUAGUCUGCCUGCUGGCUCUCCAUCAUCGGCCACCUGUUCCGCUCCGUUGAACAAGGACGCCAACAUACCAUCUCCGGGUUUGACGGGUGUGCCACAUGUUUCUCCUUCCUCGUCAUCUCCAGCUCAUAAGAAACCCGAAGACAAAUCUACUUCAAUUAAUGGUUCGGUGAAUAUAUCAGACGCCGUCCGGCGUGGCGUCAACAAGCGCCCACCAUCUCCGACACCCUCGAAGAAAUCAGGGAUAAGGACGCCCAUAGUCCCUUCUACACCGAACUUGGUCAUGCCUACUUGGGAAGAUACUUUCCAUACGCAGCCUCGCGCCCAUAUGCCUGCUCUGCCUCCAUCUGCCCUUUCCAAGACAUUCCAAUAUGUCAGCGAUGUGCUCUUUGCGCGUGAUGAGACUCCCGUACACAAGAUCGGCAAAGGAAAGGCUCGGGAGAGGCCUUUGGAACCUUAUGAAAAGGCGCUCCCACGUUCGUGGGAUGUGAUCGGAGGACAGGAACAUCGGGACGUGCUGCGAGGGUGUCAAAGGGCAGUUGUGAUUGGCGUACACGGGUGGUUCCCUGGUGCUGUCAUGCGGACGGUUAUCGGCGAACCGACGGGGACAAGCUCAAAGUUUGUGAACAUGGCUGUUCAGGCGUUGGAAGAAUUUCAAGAUAAGCACAACGUGAAGCUCUCGAAAAUCACCAAGAUACCCCUGGAAGGCGAGGGCACCAUCAGCCGCCGAGUGGACAAGCUGUAUCAGAACCUGAUCGGGAAUAAGGAAUGGAUGGAAGACGUCCAGAAUGCCGAUGUAAUUUUUUUUGCCUCACAUUCCCAGGGAUCAAUCGUUUCGACUCACAUCUUGGAUCGCCUCAUCGCCGAUGGGCACAUCCGAACAGCCCCACGUGACUUGACUGCCACCGCAAUUGCUGCUGCUUCUGGUAGCACGAGCAUCACACGCCCUCCACAAAGGGUGUGUUGUCUGGCCCUGUGCGGAAUUCACCUUGGACCACUGAGAUAUCUGAGCACGAGCUCAUUAGUCCUACCUUAUAUCCAGUACUUCGAGUCGAUUGCUGCCCGGGAACUGUUCGAAUUUCAGGAUACGGACAGUCAGAUUUCAAGAGACUACGUAAAGGCUUUGAGAAACGUCCUGGAUAAUGGAGUCAAGAUGGUGUAUAUUGCGUCCUUGAAUGAUCAAGUAGUAGGGCUGUACUCUGGGCUGUUCACUUCAGUGACGCAUCCCUUGAUUUUGCGUGCGCUUUACAUUGAUGGAGAUGCAUACCAUUCUUCAGAUUUUCUGUCCAAUCUUCUCGUUCUCCUGCUACGUAUACGAAAUGCAGGGCUAUCAGAUGGUGGACUCCUUGCUCAUUUGUCGGAAUCAACCGCUGGAUCGCUGAAUGGGGUUGGACAUUCGACCGCAUACGAAGAAACUGCGACAUAUUCAUUCGCAAUCAACUACCUUUUCCUAUCCGACUCUGGACAACACUCACAAGUUGAGCUUGCGAUGGAGUCGUUUGAUGCGCGAGUGGAACAGAAUGACUACGAGAUUCCUUGGGCUCUCCGUGACCUCAUUGCUGAUGAACGAGUCGCCGAGCUCUUUUCAGAUGAUUUUAUCCGCCUGCGAGAUGCCUUCCGAGACUGGCAACCCAAGACUGCAAUUUUGCGUGAUGUCAAGAAGAAGCUCCAGCCGAUCCAACGACUUUCAUCAACCAUGAUUUCCAAACACGCCGAUUCUAUGAGCAAACUAUAA